CUGGAGGCAGUUCCGGCGGAAGAAGGACGGCGGGGCGGUACCGUGUUGUGGCGUGGGUUCGGGAUGGUGCAGGACCCGCGGGGACAGCGGGUGGCCGAGCUGCUGCUGCGGGCCGGAGCGGCGGGUGGCAUCGUGUGCCUCUGCUCCCGAGCCUUCGUGGAGGAUCGGAAGUUAUAUAAGCUGGGAUUAAAAGGAUUUUAUAUCAGAGAUGACGACGAGAGUACGGGAGAGGAACAAGCAUCUGAGCAGGAAAACGGUUGUCCCGCUGUGACGUUGGGAGUGGACACUGACUGUGCUCUGGACCUGGAAGAAGCUGAACUAGACUCAGAGGCCGAGCUUAUGAAGAGCAUGGGGUUACCUCUUCACUUUGGUGGGCACUCAGCUCACAGGGACUUUGUGGCAAAAGAAAAAUACAGAAAGAGAACUAACAUGAAGUUUAUGAAAAAGAAAAAGAAGAAGAGAAAAGAAUUACAGCAAAAACACCAGGAUAAAAUGGAGAAGGGAUGCCAGGAUCACACUUGUGGUGAUCAUAAGCAGCCCAUCUCAGAUGAGCCAGCCUCAGCUACAGAGCAAAGUGCAGAAAACAGCAAAUCUCAGAUUGCAGGUGAAGGGAACUGUGAAAGUUCAGAGAGUCUUGUUAAUGAGGCGUUACCCACUGAACAGAAAUGGGAGAAGUACUGGAACGAGUAUGGAGAGGGCCUUCUUUGGCAAAGCUGGCUGGAGAAGCAUAAGGAUGUCUCGUCACCUGAAGCCAUGGCAGCAUCUGAGCCUUGGAACAGUCCAGACACCAAGGAGGAGUGGGAGCAGCAUUAUAGCGAACUGUACUGGUAUUACUGGGAACAGUUUCAAUACUGGACAAAUCAGGGGUGGACUACAGAGAGCUCACACACUGACAGUGCCCAGCUGAAUGGGGUUAUGCAGGAGACUGAUCUUUCGCAAGAAAUGGACCUGGUCUACCCAGAGGUUGAAGGCAGCAAAGUGGUGAUCUUGGAGCUGUCUCCUCCUCACUCCAGAAGUGAGGAAAAACUCACUUCGAGUGCUGAGCCCCAUCAUGAGAUAAUCUCUGGGAUUUGUAAUUUAAGCCUAAACUUGGACACACUGGAGCAGAAAAGCGCACCUCUAAAAGAAAUCAAUGAAGAUCUUCAUGAGCACAGUUCAUGUAACAGUGAAAGCCAGUGUCCCUGUGUUUCAAGCCAGAAGGAACCAUGUGAUGGAGGAACCAGGAAAAGGAGGGCAUCUUGUGAAAAUAGAAGUAUUAACCAGUCAGGUUCCCAGGAGUCAGGUAACUCAUGUAGCUCAAAUGACAAAGAACAAUUGCCGCUUUGUGAUCAAGAUGAAGAUGAAGAAGGAGAAGAGCCUCCUGAAAACAGAAGUGCCAAAGUCAAGAGAAGCCACGAACUGGAUGUGGAUGAGAAUCCAGUGGAAGAUCCUGAGGAAACCUGUUCUAUUUUGGGCUUCAAGUGUGGUGCAGGACAAAAGUAUGGUGGGAUUCCAGAUUUCACUCACCGAAGUGUUCAGUACCUGGAGAAAAAAGCAAAACUGAAGUCCAAAUUUUUGGACAUGCGUAAAGCAAGGAAGAGCAAAAACACGCACAUCUUCUUUACAGAAGAGCCUGAAACAUCUUGCCAAACAAAUAAAACUCUGAAGAAGGUGGAAGCAUUCCUGAAGCAGGUUAAUGAACCUGUGGAGGAAAUCACAUACCAGAAAGCCUCUCCUCCUGGUAAAGUUGAGGAUUCCUCAACAAGCAGUGACUCAGAGGAUCAGGAAAGUGUUGCAACUGCACAGAGUGUGAGAUUCAGUAUGGAAACGUCUGAGCUGCUGACUUCCAGUGUGGUUGGUGGUGAACCUGGGUCAUCUAAGCUGGAAGAGGGAGCAAUGGAUGCAGUAGCAAACAGCACUGGAUGCCAGGGCAUGGAAAAGCCCAAGGGUGGCUCUGGAAGAGUGCUGGUCCCUCUGGACAUACCUGAUUAUCUCCAGGCAGGAAUGGAGGAUGUGAGCCCAGUUGUAGAUGAAAAAAAUACUGCAAAGAAGAAGGAUAGAAAAAGGAGGAGAAAGCAUAAGAUGGCAUUGGGAGAGAUACCUCCUGAGAUUGCUGCGGAUCCUGAGCUGAUCAAGUACUGGGCACAACGCUACAGGCUGUUCUCUCGCUUCGAUGAGGGGAUUAAACUAGAUAGAGAGGGCUGGUUUUCUGUUACUCCUGAGAAGAUAGCAGAGCAUAUUGCAGUCCGUGUCGCUCAGUCAUUCAACUGCAAUACAAUAGUGGAUGCCUUCUGUGGGGUUGGAGGAAAUGCUAUUCAGUUUGCUUUGACCUCAAAAAGAGUGAUUGCUGUUGAUAUCGAUCCUGAGAAACUCAGCCUUGCACGCAGCAACGCCGAGGUGUACGGCGUGGCCAACCAGAUCGAAUUUGUGUGCGGAGACUUCAUGGUGCUGGCUGCUGACCUGAAAGCAGAUGUUGUGUUCCUUAGCCCUCCUUGGGGUGGGCCUGACUAUGCCACUGCUGAAAUCUUUGACAUCCAAACUAUGAUUUGCCCAGAUGGAUUUGAAAUUUUCAGGCUCUCCAAGAAGAUCACAAACAACAUUGUGUAUUUUCUACCUCGGAACGCUGACAUUAACCAGAUCGCUUCCUUGGCAGGGCCAGGAGGAAAAGUUGAAAUAGAACAAAACUUUCUCAAUAACAAACUGAAGACAAUAACAGCUUAUUUUGGGGAUCUAAUAAGGCCUGACCUCUCCUGAAUUUCACGUGUGUUCUUCCAGGCGCAACCUCCUUGACUAUUUCACUGCGUAAACCUUUGUACAACUGGCUUGUCCAAAAUGACGUAAAGCUGUUUUCUGCUUUAAUUUCUAUUCUGAACCAUGUUUUGUUCGUUGCUGCUGACAAUAAAUGUUUUAUAAGAAUUCUGGCAAAUUUCUAAAACUAGGGUAGCUGUGAACGUAGAAGAAAUUUUCUAAACACAGUCUUGCAAGUUUCAAUUCCAGACAGUUGAAGGGGACCUGAGGAGUUCUUUGCAGCUCUGAUGUGUGCUGCUGCUGUACUCACUCCAUUGUGGAUAUUCAGGGUGUUUAAUAGUUUGAAAGACACUAAGUGUAAAGAACUGCUGUCUGUGCUUACAAAACAUUAGCUCCUAAACAUAACAUGGAUCUACCUGGUGUGAUACGUGCUGCCAGAUGCAGCUGUCUUCUAGCUUCUAAUGCUCCCUGCUCACCUGGAACCUUUUCAGUUUUCUUCAUAGCAUGAAGGCCCAUACAUAUGCUGUAGUGAGUUCUGCAGCUUGCUGCAGCUUGCAGAGAGAAUAGGGUGUGUUUGUGGCUGGCAGCAGGGCUGUACCCUCUGCUUUGCUAUUUAUUCUUGUUUGGUUUUUUUUCCCCCUCUUACAGAUAUUCAGGACAAACCUGACUGGAGGUUGGUCCCAGUAGCUUUAUUGGAGGAGUUACACACAGGUUUGCGUCCCCUUUUGGGCACCCUCUCCUCGUGCAGGCAGCACGGAGCAGCAGGGGGAGCACUAAUCUGCAGUGGGAGUAAUCCACUCCCAGUCUGGGUUUUGAGGGAGAACUGUUGCCUUCAGACAUUUCUCCGAGCAAAAAAGGAGGCAGGCAAGAAGAGAAGUGUUUGUAGGGCACAGACAUGGAAUUCUCAUUGAAACACACUUGUAGAAAGUAUGCAAGAUUAGUGUUGACAGUGCUUUUGAGGUAAGAGCGUAGGAAUACAAUGUUGAAGAUGAGAAGUGUUGAUUCUCCUCCACUUGGAGUGCAGCAAAUCAUGAUGCUGAAGGCAGCAAUGUCUAAGCACUGAUCCAUGGAUCUGUGCUGACAAACAAAGCUUUGUAGAAUAACAGUGUGGAACAACCAAAUGAGAAGAAUUAUCUUUAAAGAUAAUAAAGAUAUAUUUAAAGAUUUGAUCAAAUCAAAUAAAGAUUUGAUCAGUUAAGUGACUUUAAAUCAGUUAAGGUUUGUGUAUGUGGGUUGUUAAAAACACACAUGUAACUUGACUCAGUGUCAAAAUUCAGUAAAGAAACACCUAGGAAUGAGUUUUCCUAAAUUUGUUGUCCUUCCAAUACCAGGCAACUGCUGAGGUGUUAAAUGAACGUUUCCUACCUUCACAUGAGGUAUAAUCAGAAGGUGGUCUGAUUUUGUUCAGCGCCCAGUUCUCAGGAAGUAGAAGCUGAAGCAUGACAUACAAAGUACAACAUUUACUGUUCCAGCGUUUGCUUCCAAUUUAGUGAAGUUAGUGUUAAAAAUGAAAGACUUAGUUUAAGUCCUUUACUGAGCCUGGCAAGUGUGUUGAGUCAAAAAUGGAAGAAAACCUUGUUCAUGCCUCUUCUUCAGCAUAACCAACAAGUGCAAAAGAGAUGGGUUAGUGUACUGGCUGAUUUGUAUUGAAUACCACUUGAAGUCAGAAUGAAUUCUACCGGGUUGUGAUAAGUGGUUGUUGCCAGUUUCAUGCUUGGUGUGCUUUUCCACUAGGAGAGUGGUUAGGCCCUGGAACAGGCUGCCCAGGGAGGUUGUGGAUGCCCCGUCCUUGGAGGUGUUCAAGACCAGGUUGGACGGGGCCCUGGGCAACCUGAUCUAGUAAAGGUGUAUGUUUGGUGGCCCUGCCAGGCAGGGGGGUUGGAACUACAUGAUCCUUGAGGUCCCUUCCAACCCGGGUCAUUCUGUGAUUCUGUGAUUUCCAGGUUCUGGAGAGUCUCUCAAUUAAACCCUAAUGGACUGACCCUAAUAAAACUUUAAACCUCACAUAGCUCUAAGAACUUUCACUUCAUGGGUGUCAGUAGUUUCAAGCAACAAACUCUUCAUAGCAGCGUCAGUCAUCACAUGAGUUACUGUAAGGUGUUGCUUUGUAUUUUGGAACAAAAAUGUAAUGUGCUGAAGCAGAGUUAAAUUUCCGGAGUUUUAAUACUGUGUUGAGUCCAGUAGUAUUUUGCAUGUCACAUGCAACAAGUGUUAGGCCACUAAGAAGUUACAUUGCCAGCACAAAGUAAAUAUUCAUAGAGAUUUAGUUUUGUACUGUUUUUAUUCUGCCAAAGAAGCCAUGAGAAAAAUGCAGAGUAUUUUUUUGGAGGCUAUUUAUACUGACUACCAUAAAUGUGUACUCUUUCACUUUCUGCCAUGCUCCCAAGGUUCUGAUUUCUCAAUUUUAUCUUAAUUAAAUCAGGUAUUAAACCAA